AUGUCGGAUGAGGACGAUUUCAUGCCGAGUUGCGAUGAGGACGACUUUGAUUUUGGAGACGAGGACGAUAUGAUGUCACAAACAUCAGAAGGAGAAUCGCAUAGCGAGAACAGGUACUACACUGGCAAGAACUACCGAGCGGACGAGCCACAGCGGGCGGAGCGCGAGUUUCAGAGCGUUAUCGACAGUGAUGGGAAGAGCGAAUGGGCAGCAAAAUCAGCCAAACAAUUAUUUAAGAUGAGCAUCAACCAAGGAAUGGAGUUGGACCGAAUAGAAAAGUACUACCGUCAGUUCUUAUCCACCGUGCUCUCGGCUGAGACCUCUCGAGCGGACCGUGAAAAAUCAUUCAACAGUAUGCUUGACUUUAUUUUGUCCACAAACCCAGAAAAUAAACUCGAGUUGCACCAGAUUGCUCUCAAUGCUUUGGCAGACCAUCCGCCAGAGAGCCGAUUAGUUUGCCGGGCUCAGUUGAACCUAGCCCGCCUUCUACUCGACCGAAAACAGUAUGAUUCUGCCUUGAACCUCGUGAACCUCACGAUGAUAUCUCCUGACGUUGAAGGAAGUGCCAGUUGGAAGCUUCCGUUGUUGAUUGAGCUUUAUGCUUUGCAUAUUUCUCUGGCAUUGGUGCUGGGUACUGGAGAAGAGGCCGAGUACUACGAGCGAGCUAGUGAAUUGAAGCUUCAUAUGACACACCCAAGAAUAUCAGCAGUUAUUCGUGAAUGUGGUGGGCUCUUGGCUAUCAGAAGUGAGCAAUGGAACGAGGCUCGUGACUUGAUGCUGGUGAGCUUCAAAAGCUAUGAUGAGGCCGGCCGCCCCGAAAGAUUUAGGGCCUUAAGAUAUUACGUCUUGGCUUGUAUUAUGACAGGAUCAAAACUAAAUCCGUUUGAUUCCCAGGAAACAAAGGCAUAUCAUGAGUUCGAAGAGGUCUCUGAGCUAGUGAGCUUGGUAGACGCUUUUUUCCGAUUCGAUCCAAAAUCGUUCAAGUCUACGGUCAAACAGUUUGAGAUUGACGCCAAAGACGAUGCUACAAUGUCAUGGUUAAUCAACAAGGUACAGAAAUCUUUUGAUUACCAGGUUUUGGCCCACAUUCUCGAGCCUUUCUCUCGAGUCAGUUACCGGUAUCUUGCCGACGCCGCUCAGUUAGAUAUAAAGGAGAUUCCUGAGCUUGUUACCCAAUUGAUUUUGGACCAGGUAAUAACCGAUGCUCGUCUUGACGACGUCAAUGGAAUUGUGAUUUUAUCUGCUCAACCAUUUGUUGUUGAAAUCCCGCAAGUCUCUAACCUGCCUCUCCCAUCUCGCUACAGCGACCAAAACAAAGCAACUGCUAGGCAGCGCGAAAUGGAGUCAAUCUUAACUGGACGCGAAAGAGUUGCGCAACGCCAUCGUGAUCCGUACGACGUUAACGAUGUGCUAACUCAACUUGUAAAGGCGACUGCUCAAACACAAUUGGCCAUCGGACGACCACUUUGA